AUGUUCUCUCUAGCUUUCUACGUCGGGAUUUUAUCUGUAGCCACCAUUGCCAGCUGGCUGUACAACUGGAGAAACCCAAGGUGCAACGGAGAUGCAAAGGUGAAAANCACCGAAAUAUUCGGGAAGCAGAAUGUGGGGUCGUUGCACGGUUUCAUGUACAAGUACCUAAAGAAUAUGGUACUGAAUCUGUUCGGACCAGAAAAUCUGAAAAAGAUGCUUCCGGAAGUCGAGCACGCAUCUAACUGGAGCUUAGGGAGAUGGGCGGAUCAGUGUACAGUUGACGUGAAGGAUGCAACUGCACAGAUGAUUUUUGACCUGACAGCAAAGAAGCUGAUCAGUUACGAUUCGGAAAAGUCCCAAGAGAAUCUGAGGGAGAACUUUGUGGCCUUCAUACAGGGGUUAAUCUCUUUCCCUCUGGACAUUCCUGGCACAGCCUACCACAAAUGCUUACAGGGGAGAAAAAGGGCAAUGAAGAUGCUGAAAUCCAUGCUGCAAGAAAGACGGGAGAGGCCAAGAAAAAUCCGAAGUGAUUUCUUUGAUUAUGUUUUGGAAGAGCUUCAGAGAGAGGGUACGAUUCUGACAGAGGCGAUUGCUCUGGAUUUGAUGUUUGUGUUGCUAUUUGCCAGCUUCGAGACAACUUCGCUGGCAAUCACUUUGGCAGUUAAACUUCUUCUAGAGCGUCCAUUGGUUUUGAAAGAACUUAAGGAAGAACACGAGGGAAUUGUUAAGAGGAGGGAGAACCCGUAUUCUGGGCUAACAUGGAAUGAGUACAAAUCGAUGAAGUUCACAUUUCAGGUGGGGUUUCACUCAACUUUUUCGGCCUUACGUUUGGAAAUAUUGUGCGCUAACGAGACUAGAAUAUUAAAAUCACAGGUGAUAAAUGAAACAGUGAGACUGGCGAAUAUAGUUCCUGGGAUUUUCAGAAAGACACUGAGAGAAAUCAGAUUCAAAGGUUAUACGAUCCCAGCUGGCUGGGCAGUCAUGGUAUGCCCUCCAGCUGUGCACUUAAACCCCAACAAAUAUAGAGAUCCCCUUGAAUUCAAUCCAUGGAGAUGGGAGGCAAGUGGAAGGCAGUCAAAGGAGGAGACAUUCUCCGAACUCCCGGUUUGCAGUUCCCAAAUGGGUUUCACAUUCAAAUCUCUGAAAACAGAUGAGUUGAAGCAGCUGUUUCGAUUCAAGGGAAGACAUGGCGAGUUAUUUGGAUGA